AUGCCUGGUUUCGACUUCUCAAACUACAAUCGCAAUGCGGCUCUUCACGCCCGAGGUGUCCCGCUGCCAAAGGCGACCAGUACGGGUACUACGAUCGUCGGGUGUAUAUUCGAUGGAGGCGUUGUGGCUGGCAACAAACAGAUCGCAGCUGAUACUCGAGCUACCAGCGGUCCCAUCGUCGCUGACAAGAACUGCGAGAAGCUACAUUACAUCUCACCCCAAAUUUGGUGCGCUGGUGCCGGUACCGCCGCUGAUACAGAGUUCACCACCGCUCUUAUCUCUUCUCAACUCGAAUUGCACUCUCUUUCGACCGGUCGGAAACCCCGCGUCGUUACUUGCAUGACCCUCCUCAAGCAGCACCUCUUCCGAUACCAAGGUCACAUCGGAGCGUAUCUAGUAGUUGCCGGUGUUGACCCCACAGGAACUCACUUGUUCACUGUUCAUGCCCACGGUAGCACGGAUAAGCUUCCUUAUGUGACCAUGGGUUCUGGAUCGCUGGCAGCUAUGUCCGUUUUCGAAUCUCAGUGGAAGCCGAACAGCACCAAGGAGGAUGCCAUGCAGCUCUGUUCACAAGCCAUUCAAGCCGGUAUCUUCAACGAUCUUGGUUCCGGAUCGAACGUUGACUUGGCCGUCAUUACCGCAGACAAGACCACCUUACAUCGUGGCUUCGUCAAGCCGAACGAGCGUAGCCAGAAACUGAAGAACUACAAAUUCAAGCGCGGUACCACAGCAGUACUUAACGAAAAGAUUAUCACCAAAGAUGAGAUCGGAAAAUACGUCAGCGUGCAAGAGCUAGAGUCUGCAGAGGGAGAACAGAUGGAUGUUGACUCGUGA